AUGCCACGUGUUAGACGUUGUGAUUGGGAUACAUCACUGCAUUUUGAUGGUGGACUUCCCCAAAAUAUUAUAUCUCCACCAACACUUCGUGCAAUGAAAUUUUAUGGUGAUGAAGUUGAAGAGUUUUCCAAUACUAUUUUUCCAGCAUCACUUGAAAUCCUUCAAUUGCCACAAUACCAUGUCCAGCCUCUAUCAAACUCGUGGCUUCCAUCUUCAUUGAAAAUCCUUAUCCAUCCUGGUGAUCCUGUUAUUGCUGAAGAUUAUAGACGUCCAAAUCUCAUUAAAUUUUAUGUUGGUUAUUUAAAUGAAUCCAUCUUGAUUUAUGAUAGAGCUUUUCUUGAUGAUAAUCCUAAUAUUGUCCAAUCAUUUAAAAACAAACAUAACGUAAUCAUUGAAGAUUAUUUAAAUUACAUUCUACCAUGCCAAAUAAACAAUAGAUAUAGUGAAAAAUUUUAUAUGGCAGAUAACUAA